AACUGAACUGGGGAAGCCUGCGUCAAGAGUUCUGUGGGGGCAGAGCGUCGAUCGAGGGGUCAGAGAGAGAUGCUAAGAGGAGAAGCACUGAGCGCAUACAGGGCGCUGCUGCGGGCCACGCGGAGGACGUUCGCCGGAGACGCCAUGAUGCUGUCGCAGUCGACGGUGGAGAUCCGGAGCAAGUUCGAGGCCAACCGCCACGUCGCCUCCGAGGCCGACAUCCGCCGCCUCCUCGACCACGCCCGCGAGGCCUCUCGUUUCAUCUCCACCAUGAUCGUCCAGGCCAAGCUCGAUUCCAACGGCGCUUACGUGGUGAAACCAUCUAAAGAGCAUGCUGGGGCAACCCUUGAAAUUCCUUCAGAAGAACUCUUGCAGAAGAAAGUAUGAGGAAGGAGGCCCAUUUUCAUAGAGACAUUAACACCCAACGUGAGCUUUCUGAGGAAAUGAUAUUUGAUAGAUUUCAUGACGCUGGAGGAUCGAUGCAAAUUGUUUCCGCUGUCGAUGUUUUGGAUGAGAGCCUUCUCUUGUUAUACGGAUCGAGUGAUUUCGAGAACUUUAUGUAGACCCAUGGGGAUUUUUCUUGUGAUGAAGUUCUAGCUUGUUUUCCACUGAA